AUGAAUGAAGACAUCAGGUCUAUACUUGCGAAUCAAUCACACACCAAGUCAAAGAUACUCUUUGAUGUAAAUAUAUCCGAUCCAAUACCUGUAAAUACAUUCAUUUAUAAUCAAUGGCUCAGCGGAAGAACUGAGAGGGAAUGCUCUACUUCGAGGGAGCUUCAUGAGACUGUAAAUGGAGUCUCCUACCCAGGUAUAUCAGCCACUCUACCCAGACUACUUGAGGAGACUGAUGAUCAAUAUCGCAACUUUAAUCUUUUGCAGACAGCUCUCGAACAUCCAAAGUCAUUGGCCUCACAUUCUAUGUUUCAAAUGGACCCAACUACAAGAAAGCAAUUGAUUGAAGGCUACUAUGACUUUGACAAUGGUCUAAUGCGCGAGUUAAUUGGUCGCAAAUUGACCUCUGGUCAAAGAAGAGACCUGGAUGACACUAGCGAGAAACUUAGAAUACGUUUGAUCAACUCUGAGAGACAGUUUGACAAUCUAAAGAGGAUAAGCAGAAUAGUGUUUGGUGACAAUCGAUCAUCAUCGAUUGACAUCAUCAUGAACGAGUUCUCAUUGAGUCGUGAGUUGGCAAUGAAGUAUGUCAAGGUACUCUUUCUUUGUUUCCAUCGAUUCGACCUGUCACACAAGAGAGUGGUGGGCCUGUCCACCAAUGAACUGAUGAAGGCCGCCGAAAUCGUCAUGAGCAAUUGGGGUGACCCAGCACGACUGUUCUACAUGGAGCUGGACAUAAAGUUAAAGGAGGAUGUCAGAGACCUCAAGGUGUACCUAUCCAAAGAGUCGGAUAAAUAUUGGCGAAGCAUGAAGAGUAGAUACCAGAGCAGUGCCGCAUCCAGCGUUGGCCAAUCGCCAAGGAACUCUUCAAACACUGUACAACAACAACAACAACAGCAACAACUACAACCACUACCUCUUGCAACGCAAACACCUCCCAUGUCAUCCAUCACACCUAUCAUCUCAUCUGUAGGUCAUUCAUCCAAUGCGGUUCCCUUGGUGCCUCCUCUACCCUCGUCAAUCUUCCAACAGCAGAUCUCUGCAACGCCGACAUCAAGCAGUAGCAACCUACAUCUUCUUACACUGACAAGUGAGAAGAUUCGUCAACUGGAGAGCAAAUUCAAGUCGGUUCUCAAAGGCAUUCUGGCGAUUGGCUCCAAUCUGUCCGACAGCAAGGAGUUUAGGAAACUGUUUGAGGACAUCAUCGAAAAGGUCAUAGAUCCACUGAAACGCAUUGACCUGACAAGCGGCGAGGUGCACACGUUCUUUGCUGUAAUGGUUGAUGUGUUCACACCUGAGGCCCUUGGACUUACCUCCUUACGUCAUAGAGAUCGAGUUACACAUCAUUGGAAGUCAUUCUUGACUGGUGUCAAAGAGAUAGUCACCCACAUCUAUGAUCAU